AUGGACGUCUUCAAGAAAGGGUUUUCAAUUGCUAAGGAGGGGGUGGUGGCAGCUGCAGAAAAGACCAAGCAGGGAGUGACCGAAGCUGCAGAGAAGACCAAGGAAGGGGUAAUGUAUGUAGCUGACAAAACCAAAGAGGGGGUCGUACAGAGUGUUACUUCAGUUGCUGAAAAGACCAAAGAACAGGCCAAUCUGGUGGGCGAUUCUGUGGUAUCCAGUGUCAACACGGUGGCCAAACAGACAGUAGAAGGAGCAGAGACGGUUGUAGCCAGCACUGGGGUUGUUAAAAGGGAGGAUUUUGAGCAACCCGGGGAGCCCCCAGCUGCUGGUGCGGAAGACGACGCUCCAGUGGAAGCCACAGAGACCAGUGCCGAGGUAAAGCACAGUCACAGCCCAGCUAACCCCAGAAUCCUUGGCUGGUCUGGGGUUGUUCUCGCCAUCUAUUGUUCUUUCCUUACUUUCUCUGUGCUCAGCUGGUUUCCAUUUCUUUUCUGCAUACAGGGUGAAAAUGAAGGAAAUUAACCCUCCUCGGGUCUUCUAGUAUGAAAAAUUGAGAACCCUGGGAGUAAAUACAGAAAUGGUAGCUGACACCAGAGCAGGGAAAUCACCCCCACCCCCACCCUAGGCUAAAUUCAUUCAGCACUACUGUCUUUCACUUGCCUCGUAACGACACAUCCUAGAUGUCUGGCAGACUCCUGGUCAUAUGUUGUAGGGUAACUGUGUGCCACGCACCUUGUGUCUGCCUCGCCAACCAUCCCCCGUUGUGGCUUCCUCCCUUGCCCAUCUUCAAGACUUCUGAGCGUGCC